AUGAACAAAUACACAUUGAAAUUUAAAGAUAAAAAAAUAGAGACUUAAUAUUAAGAAUUUCGGAGAAAAGAAAUACUUAGAAAAGUCUUCUACACAAUGACUCCAAGUAGUUUGAUUUUAAAUGUCAUAAAAGUAGCUGUAGACCUCUCAAAAAGCAAAUACGACUAAUUGUAUGUGAACUGCGCAAACAUUGCAGUCAUUAUUAUUGGAGUUCUUCUCGUUAAGAUUAAUGAAAAAUAUCUCAGAUUUUUUAUUACUUUAUGUAGUGUUAUGACUGCUUUGCUUCAGCUGAAUUUAGAUCCAAAUGAUGCUCAAAAAUAAGAUUAUUAUAAUUUUGGUUGUGUUGUUACCUCAUUGCAAUCAGUACUCUACUUUUUAAGUGACUUUCCUGACGCUUGUAUAUAAGUGAUAUCUCACUGUUCCAUUAGAUUGUCAAUUACAUCGGUUACAACAAAUUAUGUUGAUUUUUAAGAUUACCUAUUAACGAUAUUUGCAAUGACCUUUUAAUUUGUAGUAUUGUAUAAAUGUGACUUUAAUUCAAGAAAACAUUUUUUACUCAGAGUUAAAGAGAAUUAAUGGGAUAAUCAAUUAAUAAAUUUAAUUAAUUCUCCAUUUUGUUAAUUCAAAUUUAUUAAUGAAGAACUUAAAUUUGAUUUAAUUUAAUCAAAAUCAGUUGGAAUGUUUUUCCUAAUUAUAAUUUCCAACUUUUGUGAAAGGAUGGUAAUUUCACGUUAAUACUUGAGAUUGACUAUAUCUUUAUGCCCGCCAAAAUUUAGAAUCUUACUUAUUCAAGUAUAAAUUUAUUUAAAAAUUAUCAAUAAAAAACUGAAAUUUAUUAACUUGGGGGUUGAAACCUAAAAACACCUUAUCAUUUUAGUAAAUCUCAACUAAGAGAAGAACGAUCAUAAGUUCAAAAAAUAUCUUAAACAGGCAAAGGAAGAAAUGUACAAAACAGUUAAGAUAUUUUAGAAGAAUGAUUCAGAAUUUUAACACUCGUUUAGACUUGGUGUCUAUUCAAUGAUUUCACUUAAUAGUAAAUAAAUAAAAAAGAUUAAUCUUACAAAACGAUUUUAGUAAUGCAUUAAAUUAUUCAAACUAUAUGGAUGGAAAUUUAAGUUAAAAUCAAAUUGUUAGGUGUAUAUCUACUCUUAUUAUUGCUAAAUUAAUAUCUUCUUAAUUCAAUUAUUUUUAUUAUUUUAGAACCAAAAAAAAUAAUUUUAAAUCUAAUAUUUUGAUUUGAUUGAAUCAGAAAACGAAGUAAAUAUAUGCAUAGAACCUUAUGAUUUUUAAGAAUUCAAAGCAGAAUUUAAUACAAACUUUUUUAUCAAUCAAAUAAAAAAUAAAAUAUUAAUACAAAAUAAUCUAAAAAAUUAAUAAAUCUAACUUAUUAAAUUUGUUGAAAUCCCAUUUAAUCCGAUUGAAAAAUCAGAAGUUUAAAAAAUUGUAUAAUAAUUAUGA